AUGAGUCAAUCAGUAACAACUCCAACAUCAUCAAAUUCUAAACCAAUUGAAAAUUUACCACCAUUCAUAAUAGGAGGAGCAGUAUUCAAUCAUCAAUAUUCCCAAAACCCAGAAACAUUACCAAUAGAGGAUAUUUUAAGAAAAGCUUUCAAGUUGGGGUUCAAUGCAAUAGAUACAUCACCAUAUUAUGGACCAUCUGAAGAAUUAUUAGGUAAUGCAUUACAAAAAUUAUCUUCGGAAUUUACUAGAGAUUCUUAUUAUAUAUGUACCAAAGCAGGUAGAAUUAAAUUAGAUGAAUUUGAUUACUCACCUAGCAAUGUCAAAUUUAGUGUUGAACGAUCACUUAAGAGAUUGGGGACUGAUUAUUUAGAUGUUGUAUAUAUGCAUGAUAUUGAAUUUGUAUCACCAAAUGAAAUUAUGAGUGCAUUAAAAGAAUUACUAAAAUUUAAAUCAAAAGGAGUGAUUAAGAAUAUAGGUAUAACUGGAUAUCCGAUUAAAUUUUUAUAUGAAAUUGCAAUAAAAUGGAAACAAGAAUUUGGUGAACCAUUAGAUAUUAUAUUAUCUUAUUGUAAUGGAUGUUUACAAAAUAAUUUAUUAUUUGAAUAUUAUGAUAAAUUUAAAAAAGGAGCAGGUAUAAAACAAAUAUUAAAUGGGUCCAUAUUAUCAAUGUCAUUAUUAAGAUCUCAACCUCCUCAUUCUUUCCAUCCAGCAAAUGAUAAAUUAAAACACAAAAUUCAAGAAUUAUAUACUAAAUUGAACAUUGAUUUAGCUGAUUUAUCUACUAAAUAUGCAAUUAAUGAAUGGUUAAUCAAGUAUAAAAGUCCUAUUGUUUUAGGUGUAUCAAAUAUUCAAGAAUUAGAUGUUGCUAUUGAUAAUUUUAAAUCUAUUAAACAAAAAGGAUUACUGGAGAAAGAUAAUGAAUUAAUCAAAAGAUUUCAAAAUGAAUUAGGUGAUCAUUUGAAUGAAACUUGGGCUAGUGGUAAUCAUUAA